GGUUUGGCGCGCGUUCGAAUGGAGUGUUGAUUAUUCCCGCCAUUGUUGUUAAAUUUAUCAUGGCUGUCGGUGAGAAUUUUUACAACUUCUCAACUUCCUUCUUUCCGUGAUGGGUUAAAAGUCAUUCAAAAGGUUCUCUGGUUAUUUCUACGCCUUGUGUGCCAAGCUUUUGUUUUAUGUUGAAGGCUUUGUCUCGAUAGCAUGGAUACAAGCGUGCCAAUCGCUACACUAGCUGGCAUCAGUAGCCUCACCGAUCUGCUUCCAGAGUUACCAUUUCCUGGGCCUUCAUCUUCCAGAAGAUCAAAUACAUUACUUCGUAGUCCAAAGGUUACGGAAGAAGCUAGGGAAGUACUCAAUCGACCUGACCGUUCUCUUGUUCAACAACUUUCUCAGGCACUGUGUAUUUCAAAGUCAACUUCAGACCAAUUGAUCUUGAAAGAUGGAACAAAUCAAGAUGACAGCAUUUCAUGCCAAGGAAGCCCACUUCUUCUUCAAGCGAUUGUUUCGCAAACACCCAAUGUGUUUAAUUCUCAGUCAGUGAAAACUGUUUCUGAAAGCUACCAAGAUCCACAAGGUUAUUCUCCAGUGGGAUACAACCCAAUGUCCCCUCGCCAGAGAGUUAGUCCUUCAAAUGUGAGAUCGCCAUUGUAUGCUGGUUCUCCUGGAGGGUUGCAGGCAAACUCUCCUUACAUGAACUCACCAGAACAUGCAGCUAGUCUGCGGUUAAUGGCAUCCAGUCCUCACACUUUGAAAGCACAAAGCCAUCCAGUACCAUAUCCUCAGUUUAGUGGAACUGCUCAAGGUGCCCAUAACACUGCUAGACAACCAAGAUCUGAGAGUGCUGUACAUAUAAAUGGAGGCUCACCAAAUGUACCUUUGAUGCAACCUCAAAUAGUGCUGACUCCAACUCAGGCAUUUUCACCAGCAAAGACAAGGCAUGGUAGACAUUCUCUCUCCAAGAGUGAACUACAGCAAAGUACAAAUCAGAAUGUACCCAAUAGUGAUCAAGGUGUAUUAAAAGCCCCCCAUCCUAGUGAGAGACAAAGGAACAUUGACUUGUCUACAACUGUACAAAGAAACUUGAAUGAAAAUGAAUUUUACCAAUCUCAUACUCAAGUUGGGAGAGGAAGUGUUCAUAAUCAGAGUGUCUAUGAUAGCCUCAGUGCCCUGGAGGCACUUGCAUCACAAAAUGGCUUUAAUUUUGAUCCCUCAGUUCUUGGACAAGCAUCACAACAGCUAGCUGCAAUUAAUGAGAAGCAAAAGAAUACUCAUUUACUUGCUAGAACUUCUGGACAGUCACAUAAUCAGGAAAGUUUGUUGAAUAGAACAAGUGAACGAGAGUCAAAAUCUAAAAAAAGACGUAAAUCAUCCAAAAGCAAAUCGGAGCUUGACGUUGAGGAUAACCCUGGUGAACUUACUUCAAUGCAGGUGUACAAUUCUCAGAUUGUAGAAUUAGACAAUAUGCUCAAGGAACAACAAGGUGACAUACACUCACAGUGUAGAUCUUCAAGAUCAAGUAGGAAGUCUGUGGAAGACCCUUACAGAACUAAUGUUGACGCUGUUGAUGAAAUGCACACCUUAGCACCUAUGUCAGCAAUGUACUUACAUAAAGAGGAGCCAACACAUUCUAAUAUCCUGCCAAAUAGAACUGAAAAACCUUUGACACCUGAACACAAUCAUCUUACAUCACCAAAUUUAAAGGUGUCCCCUUCUCUCAAGGGACUUCAGUUGUACGUUCCAAAGCUAGUCAUAACAAAAGUGAAGCAGCGAAGAGGUUCUAAAGAGGUAGAGACACAUCAAGUAAGAGAGGUGUUACCAGAUAGUGAAAGUGAGAUACACAGGAGCAAAAAGCGAAGGAGGUCUAGUGAUGAUAUGGGUAGAAUCAACAGCAGCCAUGAAUGGGAUGAAGCCCCACCUAAGAAGAGGAGUAAAAGCAAGAAGCAAAAAGUCAAAGAAACACAUGAAUCUGAAGAUAUCAUGGAGACACCAACCUUCAGGAAACUGGGAGAUUUACUUGAGAACCUUUUUGAAUUUGAUGAUGAGUGUAAUGCACCAAGCUUUCAUGAUUUGGAUGAUCAGGAACCGAAGCCAGAAACCCUUCUUUCAAGAUCUAUUGUGCAAGAGUUUUAUGCUGAAAUGGCAAAGCUGAAAUCUUUAGGAGUUUUGCAUAAGGUGCCCUCUGAUGAUUUGAUGAGGCUUCUGCAAAUAAUGGAACGGCAUAUCAGGGAUGGCUUACAUUUACAGUUGCAGUGCAAUGCAGACCAGGAUGAUGAUGAAGAGCAAAGACUGUGGCGUGACCUAUGCCUUGACAGAAUGGUUCGAGCAGUAGAGUCUUCUUUGGUUGUUCUUAUAAUCCUGACAUCUCCUUCCAUGCCUAAACAGUUAUAUCUUGAAGAGGUCAUUGCAAGGGUUAUUUCAUUCACCAAGUACCAACUAAGAAGCAACAUUUUCCCUGAGUAUGACCCCAUCUACAGAGAAUCAGAUCCUAAUGAUAUUCCGAAAAUAUGUCAAACAUAGGGACUUAAUCUUGGAAGACAUUUUUGCAUCAUUAGCCAAACUCCCUAGCAGCAAAAGGACACUCAGGAGUUAUAGACUUACUGGAGAUCUCUCCAUUCAGAUGGUCACAGCACUGGUGCUUCAGCUUAUUCAAUCCUCAGUUAAAAUUCCAGAAAAUACUGAUGACAUGCAGGAUGAAGCUGAAGAUGAUGAGAACAAACCACAUAUUGACCGUAACAUCAUUAUCAUCACAUCAUAUGAGAAUGCCCUGAGGACUGCACAGAAUUUCUUGUCGAUGUUUUUGAACAAAUGCAUAAGUGUUGGUAAAGAUGAAGAAGAUUACAGGCCUCUGUUUGAGAACUUUCUUCAAGAUCUGCUGGUUACACUCAACAGACCAGACUGGCCAGCUGCCGAGGUUUUGCUCACUCUUCUUGGCAGAUUGUUGAUUGUGACCUUUAACAAUAAAACAAAUGAUGUUAGUCUGAGGGUUUCAGCCAUCGACUAUCUUGGUGUUGUGGCAGCUCAUUUGAGAAAAGAUGCAGUGAACAGUCAGCAAGAUACAGAAAGCAUUACAGAAAUUUUAGUGGAGCAACUUGGGGAAGUCUCUGAAGACUCUGGUGAUGAAGUUUCUCACCUGGAUGAACGUUCUGGCAAGAGAAACCAAAUUCUUCAAAAAACACUCGCAAACUGGUUGAAUUCAGAGGGUAACACAGAUGCAGCUUUUAUGUUUGCAAGACAGUUCUUCCUGGCCCAGUGGAUUAGGGAUAACCAUGUUGAAAUGGAGCGUUGCUUAAGAACACCAGUGGAAGAUCCCCUCGAUAGUGGAGAAGGACUGACUAAUGAUUCCUUCAUAGAUGCACAGAGUAUCACCAAAUUAGAGGACAAAAAGGCUUUCUUGCUUUCUAUUUUGGAUGGAAGAAAUGUGUCAACUAUCAGAUCUUCUCACAAUAGUUUGGACUAUGAGCAGGCAAUGCUAGUCACAAGAUAUCUUGCUUCAUCGAGAUCAUUUUCGAAGAGCUUUGAUGCUUAUCUGAGCCAGAUCCUAAGAGUACUCACGGAGAGUGCUGUGGCCAUAAGAACAAAAGCAAUGAAAUCUCUCUCCGCUGUCAUCUCUGCUGAUCCUUCCAUUCUCUCAAGGGAUGAUAUGCAGAAAGGAGUCCAUGCCAAAUUUGUGGACAUGUCAACCAGUGUCAGAGAAGCUGCGGUUGAGCUUAUUGGACGUUUUGUCCUCAACAAACCAGAGCUAAUUCAUCAGUAUUAUGACAUGAUAAUUGAGAGGAUACUUGACACUGGGAUAAGUGUAAGGAAAAGAGUGAUCAAAAUCCUCAGGGACAUUUGCAUCAACCAUCCAGAUUUUCCGAAAAAUACUGAAAUCUGUGUCAAGAUUAUCCGAAGAAUAUGUGAUGAAGAAGGAAUAAAGGAACUGGUUACCAAAGUCUUCCAACAGAUGUGGUUUACGCCCCUUAAGGGUGAAGAAAACUCUGAUGUUCUUGUGAAACGUGUUGUCCAUAUGACUGAUGUGGUUGCAGCGUGUGGUGAGAAUGGGGACUGGUAUGAGCAGCUCUUGGAAAACCUGCUUCACAACGAGGAAGACUCUAUUGCAAAAGCUUCAGAAGAAGCUAGUCAACAAAUUGUUAAUUGCUUGGUUGAAAAUGUGCUGAGUUUGGAGGAAAGAGCAGUUGCUCAGUCUGAAGGUAAAGGCUCCAGUAGCCAGAGAUUGGUGUCCAGCUUGUCUACUUUGUACCUGAUAAGCAAGAUUAAGCCGCAGUUGUUAGUAAAACAUGCCAUGACUUUACACCCUUACCUUAGUACAAAGUGUAGUACCCAGGGAGACUACCUUGUGAUCCACAACGUGGCACGCAUUUUGGAACUGGUAGUCCCUUUAAUGGAACAUCCCAGUGAAACAUUCUUGGCAAGCCUGGAGGAGGACCUAAUGAGACUUACUGUCAAACAUGGGCAGACGGUUGUCCAGAGUUGCAUUAGCUGUUUGGGAGCUGUUGUAAAUAAAGUCACUCAUAACAUCAGACUUGUUAAGGACUACUUCCUUAAGUAUCAUGGUUACUUAGCGAAGGCCAAAGCAGAUAUGACCAAGAAUCCAAGCAAGGCUCAGGUCAACAGACCAACCUUACUAAGAUCGUUGUUUACUCUUGGACUACUCUGCAAGCAGUUUGAUUUCGACAGCGAUGCGAAACCGAAAAACGAGGGUUCAACUAAGGACAGAGUUUUCGCUGUGUAUAUCUACUUUACUAAGCACUCUGACGAAGAGGUCUGCCAGAAAGCCAUUACAGGGCUAGGAUUUCUUUGCAUGAGAUAUGGUGAGCUGCUUCUGAAGGGAGAAGCCAAGGAACUUUAUCAGGGAAUCCUAUCGCAAGCCAAUAAGCCUUUGAAACUUAAGCUUCAGGUUUUAAAGAACUUGCAGACACACCUCCUAGAAGAGGAGAAAAGACUACAUGUCCAAGAUCAUCACAGACAUAGGAAGGUCGAAAAAGAGAAAGAAAACCAAAAUCUUAAAGAACUUGGAGACACUCAGUCUGGUACAACCAGUGCAGUAAUGCAAGUUUACCUCAAGAGUGUACUGGAGAGCUUCUUGCAUCCACAGCCCUCUGUUCGUAUGGCCGCCUUACAUGUUGUAAAUCUGAUUCUGAGGCAGGGUCUUGUUCAUCCUGUACAGUGUGUUCCGUAUCUGAUCGCUAUUGGAACUGAUGAAGAACAACAAAUGAGAGUAAAAUCGGAUCAACAACUCUCGGAACUCGCAAAUAAAUAUUCCAUGUUUGUCCAGAUGAAAGCCCUGGCUGGAAUAAAAAUGUCCUUUGAGCUUCAACGUCUAAUAUACAAGGAUAAAAACACCGCAAUACGUGGAUUCAGAAAAGAAGCAAAUCACUGCGCACUUGGUCAUUUGUACUCCAUUAUACGGACUAGCAGACAGCCCAGACGGUCUCUUUUACAAUCCAUGCUGAGGAUAUUUGAUGAUCAUAAGGGCGCUAAAUUGGACUUACUGCUGUAUAUUUCUGAUAACAUGGCGCACUUUCCGUAUUCUGUACAAGCAGAGCCUUUGUUUGUUAUCUAUCACAUUGACACCAUCCUCUCUGUAACUGGUGCAAAUGUGCUCCAGUCCUUCAAAGAGGCCAUGACCCCCGUAGCUAAACCAGCCAUCGAAAGUGAAGGUCAGAUACCUCCUGUUCAAGGCAAUGAGUUCGAAGAAGAGGAAGAAAAUUUUGAGUCCGUUUUAGCUCGGAUUCCCCCAGACCCAACAAUUUUUGAGCAACGUUGUGUUGCUUCUCAGGGUUGUCUACUUCUUCUCUAUUUAAAACAACAUCUUAAAGAAAUGUAUGGAUUUUCAGACAGUAAAUGCCAUAAGUAUUCACCCUCGGAACCCACGAAGACCUAUGACAAGACAGUAUCCAGGAAAGCAGGGGUUUUCUUUAACCCUGAACAAGUAUUACGUUAUGUUGAAGAGCCAGACGCGGUUAGGAGUCACGAACAGCUUGUGCAAGACUAUUUAGAGUUUAAAACUCUGAUGAUGAUGCUUGACCCGUCAGAAGAGGAUAGUGAUGAUUCUGGGAACGGAGGGAGAGAAAGUCCUAUAGGAGAGGGGCAGAUGACGGACCUAGAAGGAAAUUUAAAAACCCCUAGUGCUAAACCACGGGAAAAGCGCGCUCCCAAGCCAAGGAAGGUUGUGAAGGGACGAAAAAUGCCACCAGCGGGACAGUCGAAGGCAAAGACAAAACCAAAAGGAAAGAGGCCUAAAAAGAAAGUAGCAUCCGUAGAUUUGGAUCAGAGUCUGCUGGAAGAAAGUGACGAAGAGAUUGACUUUCUUUGUCAGUAAAGUGGUGGACAUCUUGUUUUUUAACUUUUUACGGAAUUUAUUUAUUGAUUAUAUUUGCAAGUAUGGAUAUUAUUAUUACUAGAUGUAAUGUAGAGCGAAAUUUUUACCUUGCAAAUUUAUUGACAAAAAUUUAAUGUUAAAAUAUUUCAAUUGGAUACAAUGUUCUAUUGUUCUCCAAUUGGAUACAGUGUCAACAUUUUAAGUAUAGUGUUCUAUUGUUCUACUAUUGUUUUUUGUACAUAAACUUUUUACCAACUAGAUGAGUCUACCCAAUUUAAGUGGUUACAUUCGCAAUUUUAUACUGUGUACGUUACGUUAGUAUCGCGCUUUUUGAAAGUCCAAGGGCGGGAUUCAUGUUUCACUUUGACUCUCAAUUGUGGUUCUUGCGAGAAAGAAUUUCCAAGUACCGUAUCUUUUUCGAGUGGAGAGGAGAGUUAAUUUCAGUUUGAAUUUAAUUAGAAGUAAGCCCAGCUCAUGGCUGUAAAGAAACCUUCCAUUAACCCGUCCAUACAUCUAUCGUUUUUCGUUUCUACGUAGCUGUGUAAGCUUAGCUAGCUAGAAUUCUCCUUUUUUUAGGUUCAGAUAAGGUUUUUUGUUUGUAGAUAACAGACUUUUAACACUCAUUUUGAGAAUUUUAUAUGUUCAGUUUGUGUUUGUGUUGCAUCCUUUGAUACCACCUGGAAAAGUUUGCUUUCUCUUAUGAAUUUCAACAUGUGAGUGGUUGAUGUUGAGAAGUACACUUUGUACUUAUUGCUAUUGAUCCGGAAGGUAUAAACAAGUGCUUAGUGCAUACUGUCACAAGCAAAUAAACAAUUUCAGUAAAUCUG